AUCAAAUAAAACUAACCACCAAAACAAAAUCAGUAAAAAAGGGUUUACUAUUUUUCAUACGUUGUUUGCCAAAAAUUAACGAAACAAAUUCGAUUCAGUUCUCUUUUCUCUCUCUUUCUUGUUGUUUCUUUCAAAGAAACAACUGAAGAACCGUUCUGGCGAUCACAUUACAAUCAUAAACUUUUUGGUAAUAACCAUUUUUUUUUCCUUUUUCCUCUGAUAAAUUAAUAUAUUUAGUUCCCAUUUUCUUACAUAAACCAAUUCAACUCAUUUUUUCUUGUGGGAAUUUUCCUUUCUUCUUCGAGUCUCUGUUUGAGAAAUUGGAGAAAGUUGAUACAACUUUCAUCCAAAGGAGAUUUUGAUUUUUGUUUUGACUCUUGUGGGUUGCUUUUAUUCAAAAUCUCAGGUGGGAUUGAACUGAAAAGCAAGAGCAACAUCUAGAGUCUCUCUCUCUCUCUCUCUCUCUUUUGAUUCAUCAUCUUCUUCUUCUAGCCUUGAAAAGAGGAUCAAUCUUUGUUCAUUAAAUGGGAUUAGAGAGUCUUCAAAGCCUGCAAAAUUUCAAUCUUUUAGCUGCUCAUUCAUCAUCUUAUUCAUUGAAACUUGUCUGCGCAAGAUCGUCCUCUCUAUCCUCAUUUCAAAGCCAAUGCAAUCUCUCUUUCUCAUAUUCAUUUGGUCGUCCUUGUAUCCUUUUCGUUUCUUGUGGUGAUCUCCCAAGUUCUGGCCUAAAACAAUCUUGCAGGGCUCAUUUUAAAGGGUCUUUUGAUGAUGAGUUUGAAGAUUUCCCAAGAAAAUUUUGUGUUUCAGAUGGCAAGAUUUCUAAAAACUCAACAUGUAAUGGUGGGGAUAAGAGCAGAGAAAGAACUGAUUAUUCCAUUUCGUUUUUGCCUACUUUUCUGGAGCCUAAUUUUCUUGGAAUCCAACGAGAGUUGUCGGAGAGAGAUGAGAUUGAAAAAAUGAGCAUUGUUCGCAAAGCAAACAGUGUUGAAAUCCCUUUAUCUCUGAGGAUAAUUGGUAGAAAGCAAAAAUGCGAAGGGGGUUCUGUAGAUUCAGAGGAUUUUGCACACUGUUCUGCCAAGAAAGCUUUUUCUUCAAUGGUGUUUAUGAUUCGAGAGCUUCAAAAUUAUGCUGUAUCUACAAGAGGAGAGCUUUGCAGAGAAGAUUUACAUGGAGUUCUGAAUAAGCUUCACAAAGAAAUGAAUGCUUCCUAUGUCUGGUUAUUUAAACAAGUCUUCUCUCGAACUCCAAAUCUCAUGGUCGACGUGAUGCGUCUUUCAGCUAAUUUCACUGUAAAUUCACUGGUUGAUAAUAUGGCAGCCAACAGAUCUCGAAGAUUACACCAUAAUUUGGUUACCACACAAGAAAUGAGUAGAAAACAAGUUAGUGUUGAGAGAUCAUUGACUUCAUUGCCUGAAAUUUCAUUUCCUGGAUAUGAAGAAAUGAUCAAGGACGAGGAGGAGAUGAAGUUGUGGAAAUCAAUGGUGGAAGAAGCUUCAAUGCUGCAAGAAAAAUCAACAUAUCCAGUUCUUGAUCAGGAGACAAAGAAGCAGCUUGUGUCAGCCAUUUCGGUAGAGCUUGAAGCAGAGGAUUAUUUGGAGUUUCAUACAACAGAUAUUGUUUACCAGAUGAGUGUAUCUGAGGAUCCAAAUAACUCUCUUCUCUCUAAUUAUGCUCAGUUUCUCUACUUAGUUCGCCAUGACUACGACAGGGCUGAGGAGUGCUUCAAGCGAGCGAUAAUGACAGGACAAGCAGACCCCGAGACGUUCAGCCGUUACGCAGAUUUCUUGUGGGUAGUAAGGAAAGAUUUGUGGAGUGCAGAAGAGUUCUAUCAGCAAGCAAUAGAAGCUGCACCAGACAGCCAUUAUUAUGCAUCAAAGUAUGCUCAUUUCCUAUGGAGCACAGGAGGAGAAGACACAUGUUUUCUUUCCUCUUAGUACUGAUGUACAAUAAGGGCAAUUUGAAUACAGAUUUUUUAAGUCAACAUGUUUUGCUCAUUCUCCUACUUCCUCAUUUCAUUUAACUGAAAAUAAUUGUAUACACGUGUGUGCGCGCGCGCAAAUCUGCACACUCAUCAGGAAAAUUUAGCUUAAUCUUCAGUGUUAACUCCUGUUUUUGUUUCCGUAGUUUGUGUUUUUUAGCCAGGCUUAUAUGUCUUAUUAAGAGAUAGACAAAGACUUAUAUGUAAAAAUCAUAUGUGCAUGGAAUUGCAAAUCUAUUAUGGAACUAUCAUAAUGAA